GGCUCGGAAGCCGAGGGGGCUGGGCCGUAGGGAGGCGGAGGAACCGGUGUUGGGCGCCGCCGCCGCCGCCUGUGCCCUGUGGUCCCCGCCGGCUCCGGGUCAACCAUGAUGAUCCACGGCUUCCAGAGCAGCCACCAGGACUUCUCCUUCGGGCCCUGGAAGCUGACGGCGGCCAAGACCCACAUCAUGAAGUCCGCGGAUGUGGAGAAGUUAGCUGAUGAAUUGCACAUGCCGUCUCUCCCCGAAAUGAUGUUUGGAGACAACGUUUUAAGGAUCCAGCAUGGUUCUGGCUUUGGGAUUGAGUUCAAUGCUACAGAUGCGUUAAGAUGUGUGAACAACUACCAAGGCAUGCUCAAAGUAGCCUGUGCUGAAGAGUGGCAGGAAAGCAGGACGGAGGGUGAACACUCCAAAGAAGUUAUUAAACCAUACGAUUGGACCUAUACAACAGAUUAUAAGGGAACAUUACUUGGAGAAUCUCUUAAGUUAAAGGUUGUACCUACGACAGAUCAUAUAGAUACGGAGAAGUUGAAAGCCAGAGAACAAAUCAAGUUUUUUGAAGAAGUUCUUCUAUUUGAGGAUGAACUUCAUGAUCAUGGAGUUUCAAGCUUGAGUGUGAAAAUUAGAGUGAUGCCUUCUAGCUUUUUCCUGCUGUUGCGAUUUUUCUUGAGAAUUGAUGGGGUGCUUAUUAGAAUGAAUGACACGAGGCUUUACCACGAGGCUGACAAGACCUACAUGCUACGAGAAUAUACAUCAAGAGAGAGCAAAAUUUCUAAUUUAAUGCAUGUUCCACCUUCUCUCUUCACGGAACCUAAUGAAAUAUCACAGUAUUUACCAAUAAAGGAAGCAGUUUGUGAGAAGCUGAUAUUUCCAGAAAGAAUUGAUCCUAACCCUGCAGAGUCACAAGAAAGCGCACCUGUGGAAUAGAAUGUGAUUCAGCAUACACUCAACGUGGAUCUGACUGGACACCUUGGCUGUUUGUAGGGGGAUAUUUUUAUUAUGAGAACUGAUCGCCUUGUUUAUGUGCAGAUUUUCUGUAGCCUUAAAGGAAACAACAAUAAAGGAUUAUUGCAGGCAGAUUCCAUUCAACUGCUGUUUGUACUGUCUGUCUUCAGAUUCAUAUUCCAGAUGUCUGUUUUCUGGAGUUAAAUUGGGAUUUCUGUGAUGUCAUAAAGUGGGAGCUUGGCAGUGGUGAUGCGUUUAUGUCUGGAGCAGUGGGCGUCUUCAAGUGCAGAGGUGAAAUCCCUGAAUCCCGGGCCUCGCGACUCUAGGCUUCCUGACUGUGCAUGCUCUUCCUUGGCCUUCCUGACAGUAAUCACACUUCUGCGGAUCGUGACUUGCCGCCUAGGCAAUGAACCUCAUAACUGAAUGAUCUCCACCCACAGACUUUUAAAAACAUGUUUAUCCCAAUUUUAAACUGGCUUUAAAAUUAAAAGAAAGUUUUAGACAUAGGAAAAGAGCUAGUGUUUUGGAGAACUUAAGCUAUCAUGUACCUGGAAAUACAUGAAUGUGGUUUAAUCACUGACAGGAUGUCAGAGGUGUCUUUCCACCAUCUUAAAGUGCUCUCUAGCACAGGACCUACAUGGUAUAUAAAGGUAAAUUUCAAAUCUAUUUGGUUAUGUUGAUGAUAACCCAUUAAACAUUUUAUGUUGUUUUCUACCUUUCUAAGUGAUUUUUCAUAAAGUGAAAGUGGCUAUAAAGCAUAGAGUUUUGAAAAUGUCUUAAAUAGUAGGAUGAAAAAAGUGAGUCCCUUUGUUGUGAUUUAAAAUAAUUGUGCAUAUUUCCACCUGUUGGAAAACUCUCUAAAUAGAAUAAAAAUUUGAAAGGAUUAGCAAAGCUCUUCACAUAUUAGUCUGAAGAAAAUUGUGAGACAAAUAAAUUUGAUUAUUCAUCAUUGUUCAGCCAGGCAGGAUCACUUUUAUUAACUAAAUUUGAUCACAAAUAGUUUUGUAUUAUCUGCCUUUUGUGUCUUGCCCAAGGUAUAAGAAAUCAGGAUUUUGUUAGCUUUAAGAAAACACAUAGUAUGUAUACUGUAUAUUAAAUAUACCUGUAUUUAAUAUUCUCUGUUAGGACAGGAAAGUGUGUAUACAUUGUACUCAGUUUUAUGUUUUACUUUGUUUGCUAUGCAGAUUUGAACAGAACAGACUGUAUUCCUGCAAAGUAUAAGAAAUGCAAAACUUGUAAGAAUAUUCAUUGGUUGGAGUUUCUGGGCAACAUCAUAUUGUGUGUGUGUGUGUGUGUAUACACACUUUUUUUUUUUAACUUGUUGAUUUAGAUGUCUUGGUACCCAAGUACCAAGGAUUAUGUAUUUUAAGAAUCCACUGUUAAAAAUCAUAGGAAAUGAAAAGAGUUGGCCUUUUUUUUCCUUUUUAAAGGAAGUGGGAAGUGGGUGGAUAAAUGUGCUUCUGAAAACUUCACUAGUUUAUUCCCGUGAAGGAUACCAAGAAAAUUUGUUUUUGGCCAAUGCUAAAUAUGACAUAUAUCAUUUUAUAUUUAUUUGUUCCAAGUGUCUUUUUGUAAGUGGAGAAUAAACAAUAAGGAAUUUACUGA